CGGGGAAUAUGCUGUUCUUUUGUUACGUGUCACCCCUCGAUCAGUUGCCCUAACUGACAACGAGCUAGGGCGAACGAUCUCACCGAUCGAGGAAUGCGAGAGAUUUUCGGAUGGAUUCCAAUGCGCGCACGUCGCUGCUCGCGACUGCGCUGUUGUGGUGAGUGCCAACGCGAUCCUUGGCUCCUUCCCGGGAAAUGUGAGCGCUAGAAUGAGGACCGACAACGGUACGAAGCUGGAUUACUUCUCUUCCUGGUCGCAGCACGAUGUUCUUGGCACUCCUCGGCGUGGGAUGAGGCGGCCGUCGCUGGGAUCGUCCAAGGUAGGGCUGCCUGCGGCUCCAAAGUCUGGCGGUCUCAAGAGGAGCAACGAAUUCCGGUCGCAGGCCCUCCCGACGCUCAAUCUGGCCAAGAUCAAGCAAAAUCUGGAGCAGCAGCAGCAGCAGCAGCAGCAGCAGCAGCAGGAAGAAUCGGCCUCGUCGAGCCAGGAUUUGGGAAAGGAUGAAUCGUUUGAGCCGACUGGAACGCAGUCCACUCCAGCUAGUUCUAGAGGGGAUCGAAGGAAUUACCUACUCAAGAGAAGCGCCAAAGAGAGCCCGCUGUUCAAUGCACUUGCUGGGGACUAUGGUGGCGAUCACGCCACAAACAAGGGGUAUCACGCCGAGACCGCGAGGUUCACGGAGAACAGAGAAAAGCUUCCGAAGUACUCGUAUCCUUACUCGGUGACGCAGCUCAUGUCUUCCAGCGAUAGGAAGUUUAACGGGGAUAGCUACGCGGUGAAGAACGGGAGUAUGACGACCAGGAACUUUCAGAACAACAAUGACAGGGAGCCAUCCGAGUCGAGGUUGAGCGGUGGAUUAAACUCGGAGGUGGACAAUGCCAAAACUAAGAAGUCGGAGUCGACUUUGCAAGCUAAGAAGCUGUCGCUGCGCUUGGUGAGUUCUCUGGAGGAGGCACUGGCCAAGGUGAGCAAGCCGGAUUGGGAAGCCAGAAAGCUCUCGCUGCAUUUGACGAAGGAUCCGUUCUCCGUCACGGCGAGGACGAACCAGGAUAGCUAUCCUUCCGUGGCGGCUAAGUUCCACGGGAACCUCCACUACCUCAACUUGAAAGAUGAGAAGCAUUCUCAAGAGGAUGCGGCCAAGAUGAGCGAUAGUUACAGGCUUCACGAGGACUAUAAUUCACAGGGAAGUCAUGGAGCUGUUUCAAAGGAUCGGGCAGAUUGCGUCAAAGUGAAGUCCUUGAAGCUGCCGGUGGACAAGCAUUCAAGUGCUGUUCCUCUUGGCUUUGGUGGCAAUCCUGUUGAAUGCGUUCAGACAGCCAGGCUUGCGAACGCUAUUUCUUCCGAGCAAAAUCCAAGACUAGCCGUUGCAGAUAGGAGUCGCAGAACCUUAAGUAGCUAUCAGAGAAGAAAGAAGACAGAUGCUCCAACUUUCCCGUCUCUUCCACCUGGUGUACUUGCAACACCAGAAAUUGUGCUGAAGCAAUGCUCUAGUCAUAUGAGCGAGUAUGAGCACCAAGAGAUUCUUCCGUACCAAGAAGUCUUUUUUAUCGGCGCCAACUCACACAAAAUACAAACGUCGAGCACGUCUGGCAAUUGUAACUACGGAUAUGACGAUGACAGAGGAGAUUACCUUAUUGUUGAACGCGAUCAUCUGGCUUAUCGGUAUGAAAUAGUGGGUAUUUUGGGGAAGGGUAGCUUUGGUCAAGUGUUGAAGUGCAUUGAUCACAAGCUCAAAUCACUGAGAGCCGUGAAAGUCAUUCGCAACAAGAAAAGGUUUCAUCAGCAAGCGUUGAUUGAAGUCAAGAUUCUGGAGCACCUCCGCGACAAGGCUACAGAAGAAUCUGCCAACUAUAACAUCGUAACCAUCCAUGAGAGCUUCUACUUUCGAGGCCAUUUGUGCAUCACCUUCGAGCUUCACGAUAUCAGCUUGUACGACUUGAUCAAGAAGAACAACUUCCAGGGGAUAAGCAUGGCGGUGAUCAGGGACAUUGCCAUCCAGGUUCUACAGGCACUCAAGUUCUUGCGGAAGCUGCACGUUAUCCAUUGUGACUUGAAGCCCGAGAACAUUCUCCUACACCAUCCUUCGUCCUCAAAGAUCAAAGUGAUCGACUUUGGAUCCAGUUGCUUCGAACAUGAGAAGAUUUAUACAUACAUCCAGAGCCGUUUCUAUCGGUCCCCAGAAGUCAUUCUCGGCCUACCUUACGAUGUCAUGAUUGACGUUUGGAGCUUUGGUUGCAUCCUAGCUGAACUAUGCUCUGGAUGUCCAUUAUUUCCGGGAGAAAACGAAGUGGAGCAGCUAGCUUGUAUGAUGGAGAUUCUUGGGACACCACCAGACUUUUUAUUGGAGAAUGCGACGCGAAAAAAAAUGUUCUUCGAUAGCAGCAAUCACCCGAGGAUAGUUCCCAACUCUUGGGGAAAGAAGUACUGGCCUGGAACCAAGAACCUCUCGACGGCACUUCGGUGCAACAACCCACUCUUUAUCAACUUUUUGGAAUGCUGCCUGCGUUGGGAUAAAAACCAGCGAAUGACUCCGGACGAUCUCCUACAACACGCAUGGAUUCUUGAGGUACCAACGUCCGCAAACAGGCUUCCUUUACAGCCUUCCAAUCAGGACACGAGUAAGAGAAGAUCGAUGAAGAGCUCCGAAACUCCUCACAGAUCUUUCAAGCAAUCCAAGCAAAACUCCACCAGUGUCGUCAAGAGCCACCUAAAGCUUAGCAAUUUGGGCAAGUGCGCCGACAUUCCCAACGUAUUGCCGCCCAUUGGAGAGGCGCUCACAUUUAGAACUCUACAAGAGAGGAAGAAGGCCGUGUAAAAGUUUCACAAAAUUUUAAAUCGCGAGGAUAUUCGGUUUUUUUUAUUU